UCCUAACGCACGCGACCGCUCACUUUCUUCUCUCUCUCGUCGUCGUCUCCUCUCCGCCGGCCGGAAUUCCUCUCGCACCCCGAUCUCGGCGUUGCGUCUGCCGAAUACUUCUCUUCGAAGACUCUCUCGAACGUAGAGAGGAGUCCCAGCUUUCUACUGAGGAGGAGGAGGAGGAGGAGGUGGUUCUUCCGAUAUUGUUCGAAGCUCGUUCUUUUUGGGUUUCUUGUUCGAAUUUUAUUAACAAAGAGGGUUUCAAGGGGUUUGGAAUGGGGUCAAAGCGCUGUAUGAACACUGGGUGUGGGGCGACUGAGCCGGGAGGCGAGGGGGAGUGGAGGAAGGGCUGGGGGCUGAAAUCGGGCGGAUUUGCUACUCUCUGCGACAAGUGCGGGAUGGCAUAUGAACAAUUAGUUUUCUGUGACAAGUUUCACUUAAAUGAAACUGGCUGGAGGGACUGCAUAUUCUGUGGAAAGCAGCUACAUUGUGGAUGUAUUGCUUCAAAGUCAUCAUUUGAUCUACUUGACAGUGGGGGAGUACAGUGUAUUAGCUGCAUGAAGAAUUCUAAAUGUGAAUCUAUUGCCAUGCUCCAUCAUUCACCACCAUCGCUACCAUCAGGUUGUUGGAUCUUAUUCAUGUUGGCUCUUAGAAUCCCAGGUGGAAGCUUUCAGGGAAUUGACAAAAUAAAUAGAAUUAUAUUUGUGACUGUAAGAAUGGCACAUAUUCCUUGUGAAGUUAUCCAAGAGCUUUUGCCUCAACCUCCUCCCAUUGUUCUUGCUCCCUCUUCCAUGAGCCCUAUGGAUGAAAAGAAGGGGAAUGAUUUUGUUGCAAGAUUAACAAUUAAUGCUGGUGAACUGCAGCAUACUUCCACUAAUGGUGAAAGGGAUAAUUAUACCAGAGAUAAGGGCAAUGACAUACAAUUGGGAAGCAGAACUGAGGGUGAUGGACACAGCAUUUUGGUCUUAGCCCAAAGAGAGAGCAUAAAUGGAUCAUUUGGGCACAUAAAAAGGGAGCAAGUUGCUUUUCAUCUUGGAGAGAAGGGAAGUUCAUGUUUCACAAAUAAAAAUGAUGGUCCUAUAGGGUCUUCUCUGGUUAUCAAUAAAGGUGACAGAAAUGAUACUGUGUCAGAUAAAAUUAUAUAUGAGUCACUAGCCCAUGCAUGCCUGAGCAUAAGUUUAGGGACUUCAAACUCUGGCAACAUGACCGCUUGUCUUAAUUCGAAAAAUCCGCAGAUUACAUUUCCACUUUCUAAUACACUUACUGGAGGAAGGCAGCAGGAUAAAGUACUAUCUGCCUUUCAACAAGUGCAGAGGUCCCACCAUUUUCUGCCUAUGCCACUGAGGACAAGCAGUGGCACUGAUUCAGAAGCAUCAAAAGAAAUAUUUUCAGGUAUGAGUGUUGCAAGGCCACCUGGUGAGGGAAGGGUCCGGAAUCAAUUGCUUCCACGUUAUUGGCCAAGGAUCACUGACCAAGAACUACGUCAAAUAUCUGGAGAUUCAAACUCUACGAUUGUGCCAUUAUUCGAGAAGAUCCUAAGUGCCAGUGAUGCAGGUCGGAUUGGUCGCUUAGUCCUGCCUAAAGCAUGCGCAGAAGCAUAUUUUCCUCCUAUUUCUCAACCGGAAGGUCUUCCACUAAAGAUUCAAGAUGUGAAAGGAAAAGAAUGGGUUCUUCAAUUCAGAUUUUGGCCAAAUAACAAUAGCAGAAUGUACGUCUUAGAAGGUGUCACUCCAUGCAUACAGUCAAUGCAAUUACAAGCUGGUGACACAGUAAUUUUCAGCCGAAUAGAUCCUGAAGGAAAACUUGUAAUGGGAUUUCGAAAGGCAACAAAUUCUGUUUCCUUGCAGGAUUCACAAAUUUCUGCCUUUGCUAGUGGUGCCAUUGGCAAUGAAGCUUUCUUUUCAGGAGUUAUUGAGAACCUGCCUAUACCUUUAUUAGCUCUUGAGAAGAAAAGAAGCCGGAAUAUUGGAUCCAAAAGCAAGAGGCUCCUUAUGGAGAAUGAAGAUGCUUUCGAGCUGAAACUUACAUGGGAGGAGGCCCAAGAUUUGCUACGUCCGCCUCCGAGUGUCAAGCCUAGCAUUGUUAUGAUUGAGGAUCAUGAAUUUGAAGAAUAUGAAGAUCCCCCAGUUUUUGGAAAGAGAACUAUUUUCACAGUCCGAGCAUCUGGGGGACAUGAUCAAUGGGUUCAAUGUGAUAACUGUUUCAAAUGGCGUAGGUUGCCUGUGGAUGUUCUUCUUCCCUCAAAGUGGACGUGUACUGACAACAAAUGGGAUCCAAAAAGAUCUUCAUGUUCAGUACCAAAUGAAAUAAGCCCAACUGAGAUGCAAAAUCUUCUCCAGCAGAAUGCAGAGAUGAGAAGGCAGAGGAUUGCUGCAAGUUCCAAACAAAGUCCUCCAGAUCUUGAGGCAUCUACUUCUGAACCCCUGGGCAUUGGUGCAGCCCCUUCAGAUAACAGGAACCAAGCAACAACCCGGGCUGCAACUACCACCAAGCACCCGCGGCACCGUCCUGGAUGCACGUGCAUUGUGUGCAUCCAGCCACCGAGUGGCAAGGGCCCCAAGCACAAGCCCACAUGCAUGUGCAAUGUUUGUAUGACUGUCAAGCGCCGCUUUGCUACGCUUAUGAUGCGAAAGAAGAAGCGCCAGUCCGAGCAAGAAGAAGCUGAGUCCCACAAGAGACUCUUAUGGAGCAGCAAUGAAGAAACUGAAGCACAUGGCUCUUUCAAGUGUGUUCCUUUUCAGGAGAAUGCUACUGAGAGGCUUGAAAUGAGUAAGGGAUACCUGGACCUGAAUUGCCACCCAGAGCAUGAGGGCUUUACUCAAUCUGGUCCGGCCCGUGUCAGCAUGAUGAGCCUUCUUCAGGAGGCCGGUCGUCCUCUGGAUGCAUAUCUGAAGCAGAAUGGACUUGCAAGCUUGGCAUGCGAGCAACAACCGAGCUCAAACAUCCAAACAUUGCCGCAGGUCUCUGGAGAGAGGGAGGGAAGGACCCCUGAUGAAAGCCACCUCUCUUCACCAUGUCAGGAGCGGGGCAGUGUCAAUGCCGAUGAAGGAGAUCACAAACCUGACCAAGUCCAGAAUGAUACUGCUUGAAAUUUUGCCUCUUUCUUUAUACUGUUUAGUGACCGUCCAAUGAGCCGAAUUAGAGGAUAAAAUGGGUUUUAGCGUGUGCUAUGUUGGUCUUUUUUUUUAAUAAGCAGAGCAUCACCUUUUCUUGCUGCAUACGUUUGUUGGUUUUGGCUGAGGAGAAUCUCCUCAAGUUGAGAAGUGGAGCCAUCCACUGCAGCUCGGAAAUGCUGCACUUGUAAGGGUCCAAAUUUAAUCAAAUCAAAUCCAAUCAUAGUAUUGUCCAUGGCCAGUCCUAAAAGAAUUCCUACUACAGUUAUCUUUUAGUUA